AUGAAAGCCAAAGCAGGCAACCAAAACAGGUUUCUUCGCAUCAUUAGUAUUCCAAUACGUGCAUUGGGAAAAGCACGGGAUUUUUAUGUGAAGAGCAUGACAGAUUAUGCUGACAGGGUAAGUUAUGGCAACGUUAUGGCGGGUCCGGGAACCGGGCAGGCGCCGACCCUGCCGAAGAGUUUCAGUGUCCACACAACGAGAUCUUACGAGAAUGGUGAUAUUAAUGAGCUCAUCAGAGCUUCUUCUGCAAGGAGCAGUGGGAGUACGGUUGAUCUCGAUUUGUAUCUGCAAAAACAGAUGCAAAUGAAACCACCAUCUUCCGGGAGCAUGGUAUCGAGGGCUAUGCCGAGAAGUAGAACUGUUGUUAUGGGUAGAAUUGAUGAAGACAGGCCAUGUAAUUAUUCUGGUGAAAAUAAUGUUAAUAAGAAGAUGCAAAUGAAACCAUCAUCUUCCGGGAGCAUGGUAUCGAGGGCAAUGCCGAGAAGUAGAACUGUUGUUAUGGGUAGAAUUGAUGAAGACAGGCCAUGUAAUUAUUCUGGUGAAAAUAAUGUUAAUAAGAAGGUUGAGUUGAUGUAUCCCAGGAGCAGAAGUCAUGCUGUCCCAAGACAAACUGUUUAUUAG